AUGGCCUCUAAAACAAGAAGCCAGCAAACUCUUUCCAUCGGACAUACCGAGAAGAAUGCCAUGGAAGAAGCUCUGGACGAUGGUGUCCUGCGCCUCAACAUGCGAUACCGCGAUUUUACAUUGUUUCUCGAUUUGAAAGACCAAUAUCACAAGGAGUUCCUUUCGCGGCUUACGGAACACACCGAACAGUUCGGGUUUGAGUGGGGAAUGUUGGAGCAAUCUAAACAGGAGCGUAUGUCGUGUGCUGAGAGCUUUUUGGGCCGGUAUGGGAUGCUGUAUUGGGGUACGGAGUUGAAUAGGGAAAGGUUCCUUAUGAAGGAUUCUCGAGAGGAUCCGGCUUCUCUAUGUGUCUAUCCGGAGAGGAAGAAGGAGAUAGUGCGCGUGAUUGAGAUGCUGCUGCAGAAGAAGGCUCGAAGCAUACUCAAAACUAAUAUGACUCCUCAAACACCGAGCGAUGCGGCUGCCAAAACGACGUCUUCCUCGAGCCUUGUUACCAAUGGACUGGCAGGAAGUCUAUCGUCCAGGGUUGGCGAAAGCAAUAACCAGCUAGGGAAAAGAAGGGUCCCCGAUGAUCUUGAAGCUUCGCCCUCACGAGUCAAAAGUGCAGAUGCCAGGGCCAUUAGGCCAUUCAGCUCUAUCAGUGACACCACGAACAACGCCAUGAGAACACUGGAUCCCGUCAGCGUGAAUGAGGCAUCAAGAAACAUAAGCCGUGCUGAAUACUAUGGAACCCCGAAAACGGACUCAAACCACUCAAGAUUCACUACUGCACACACAGCGCGGAUGCCCGAAGUCGCACUACAACAGCAGACAAAGUUCCUGGUAUCUGCCUCAACUCAACCGAACAUGGCGCCUGUUUGGGUCCCCUUCCGGUCCUUUCAAUCUGCAGCAUCCUUCCUAGUGCACAUGGCGGAGGAGUGCAACAUCCAUGAAUGGGAUCCUAGUGCUCAACUGAACAAGGAGAUCUCAAAGUGGGACAGCAGUCCUCCAGCACCGCAAACAGUUGUGGCCGCGUCGGUCAAGUUCGACUGGUCCGAGUUCUUUAUAAGGGUACGACAGGGUAGGGAUGACGACUGGGAAUUUGUGAUGCAGGAACUUCGCAAUUCAUGGAGAGUUACAGGCGAGGAUCAAAGCGAGGCGAGAAAUCAGCGAUUCCACAUCCUUGUGAUGCUUCAUGUUGUCUCCUGA